AUGAUCUUAGAACGCCUAGCUCCCCAAUCGUUCAGCACUACUCUACUAUGGCUUCUCGGGGCUAUCUUGACACGUCUCCUAUACAAUAAAUACGGACAUGGCUUGAACAACAUACCAGGCCCAUGGCUGGCGGGCUAUACGGAUCUAUGGAGGCUUUUCGUCGUACGAGGCCGUCGGGCCCAGGAGAUACAUAUCGAACUACACAAAAAGUACGGACCUGCUGUUAGACUGGGUCCUCGAGCUGUAUCGAUUGCGGAUACGGAGGCAUUGAAGAUUAUAUACAGUCCAAGUGCAGGAUGGUCAAAGUCAAAAUUCUACCCCGUGCAACAAGCUUUAGCCAAAGGAAAGAGACUCGAAACCAUGUUCAACACGGCCAACGACAGAUAUCACGCCAGGCUUCGAAGAUCAGUCUCGAAUGCGUAUGCCAUGAGUACACUUGUCACAUUUGAACCAUUUGUUGACUCGACUUCGACCGAGUUCAUCAGACAGCUCAAGCUUCGAUUCGCCGACCGCUCCAACGACGCGGGUGUGUGUGAUUUCGGGGCUUGGCUUCAGUUUUAUGCUUUUGAUGUUAUCGGAGAGUUGACGUUUUCAAAAAGAUUGGGGUUUGUCGAAGGAGGCGUAGAUGUUGAUAACAUCAUCCGUGAUUUGGAGAGUUUCUUAAACUAUGUGUCAUGGAUUGGCCAGAUCCCUUUCUUAGAUAACCUGUUCAUCAAAAACCCCAUCAAAAUUUGGAUGGUAAAAAAUGGGUUCCUCAACUCAAGUGCGCCAGUUGCAGAGUUCGCCAGAAAACACCUCAUCGAACGCCAGAAGGAGGAAGAAUCGGGCUUGGAAAAGGUUCCCCGGAGAGACUUCUUGAAUCGGUUUAAGGAGGCACAUAAGAAAGAUCCUGAUUUUAUCACUGAACAGCUCGUCCUAGCUCUGACGGUAGCCAACAUGUUUGCAGGCUCUGACACAACUGGUAUAACAUUGCGAGCGGUCUUUUACUAUCUACUAAAGGAUCCUUCAAAGAUGGAUAGCCUACUCAAAGAGCUGGCCGCUGAGAGCAAGGCUGGUAGAUUUUCAAGAGAUGAUGGGCUUGUUCAGUGGGAAGAGGUCAGAGAUUUGCCCUACCUGAGCGCCGUCAUCAAUGAAGCGCUUCGCUGUCACCCAGCCGUGGGGCUUACUCUCGAGAGAAUUGUUCCUGAGGCUGGAGUCACACUGGCCGGGUAUUUCAUCCCUGGCGGUAACAUUGUUGGAUGCUCGCCUUGGGUUAUUCACCAAGACACCGAAGUUUAUGGUUCCGAUGCAGCAAAGUUUCGCCCUGAGCGGUGGAUCGAAACGACACCCGAACAACGAAAGAAAAUGAACAGUUGUCUGUUAUCAUUUGGCGCGGGGGCGAGGACGUGUGUUGGUAAAAACAUAUCCUUGUUAGAGCUUUACAAGCUUGUGCCAACCAUUCUAAGGAUAUUUGAGCUCGAACUCGUCAAUCCAGACACGCCAUGGAAACUUCACAAUGCCUGGUUUGUUAGGCAGAUGGGCUUCAACGUGCGGCUCAAGGAAAGGGAGACGAUCCUUUAG